AAACCUUGGCUGGUGGCCACUGAAUUUUAAGUGACCACUGUCCCAUUUUUGCCCAUCUCUCUCUCUCUUCUCUUCACUCUUUCUUUACAUCUGUCCAAAAGACUAGCGGGAGUUUGUUCAGUAAUGGAUCUACAACACAAGUCUUUUCUCUGCUUAUGGGCCUCUGGAUAAUAUUUCUUAUCCCUUUGAGUCUUCUUAUGGGUAGAAUCCCGCCCACUGCCCUCCCUCCCAUACCUCUAUAUAUAUAUAUACAUAUGUGCCAUGAAGAGAGAGAUGAUAAGAAGUUAAUAUUGGGUUGCGACAAGCUCAGACCAUGCAGUGUAAAGUCCUCUGCCUCUACCUCCUUUCAAUUACACAGCAAGUCUCCACAACAGAAAUAUGGGUCUGGCCAUAUACGUCUGCCUUUCUGCCCUGUUCUGUCUCAGUCCCUGUUAUUGAUCAAUCUAUUUUAGGAGUUAGUUGGACCUCCAAUGAAUCUGUUAUAGCCUCCUUUGGGACUAGAUACGGCCACCACAUCAACAAAGGUGUCAGUUGGGACACCAGUCUAUUUGUCAAUGGGACAUUCUCUCUGACUUUGCUCAAUGCCACUCUGGAUCAACAAGGAGUGUAUGAGUGCAACGUUUUUUAUAACGCCUCAGAGCUGCACUUCAGCAAUGUCACCAUCGGCAUCAAAGUUCCGCCAACUCUCUCCAUUCCCUCCAGAAUGGUGGUGUUGAAUACAGAGAGUGAGCUUAUGUGUAACGCUGAGGGUUUCAGCCCCCCACUCAUCCACUUCUCUUGGACCAGGGCCGGGGAGUCGGUCCGGCUAUCACAAGCAGUCACAGCAGUCAACCGCACACCACAGGGGACCUACCGGGCAGACAACAGAGUCAAGUUUGUCCCUUUGCUCGCUGACCAAAACGUGACCUAUGGCUGUGUGGUCACUCAUGCUGCCCUAAAUGAGCCACUGAGCUUAGAGUUUAAACUCAGCUUUGUCUUCCUCCCGACUGUCACCCUCUCAGCAGUCCCAUCUCCCUCCCGCAGCGCCCCCCUCACUCUCUCCUGUGAUAUUGAGGGGUUCUACCCAGAGGAUAUCUCUGUCUCCUGGCUACAGAAUGGCACAGAGCUUCCUUCACCUCUGCCUAGCGAGGCAGACCCAGAUGGCACCUUCAGAACCAGGCGUUACUACACCCUGAACCCCAAGCAGAGGGAGCUGGCCGGGGAGGUGGAGUGUGUUGUCCAUCAGCCCAACGUCACCAAACCCACUUUCGCCUCUGCAAAUGUGGCUGGGUUCAAUCCUGUCAUAGAAAGUGUGCUGUCCAAGCCAGCCAAGGCGUCUGUGUCUCUGAUGGGCAUCUCCCUGGUAUUGGUCUUCCUGCUCUGCUUUGGCUUCUCCUGGAGAAGGAGAGAUGAGAAGCAGAAGUCUCUAAAUGUAUCGGGGAUAAUUCUGCCUCCCAGGAUCAUUGUGGGUCAGAAAUGUAGGGUGACCAUCUGUUUGGAGGGGAGGAGAGUGGACAGGGUGAAGACCACCUGGUUUCUCAAUGACACCCGUAUCUCAGACACCUCAAACUCAGAAUCCUGCCCCUCAUCCACAACUAAAAACACUCAAUUUGUCCAUGACCAACUAAGUGCCAUACUUCUCCCCCAUGGUCUCACUCUCAACCCCAUAGUGACAGAGAAGGGUCCCCUUUUGCCCUCUGGUGGCAACAUGGGCUAUUACAAGCUGCACACCCUGGGCCCCCUUCACUCAACAGGUGAUGGCAGCCAGCGGUGUCUCCAGUCCUCGCUCUCCUUCAUCCCUCAGAUCUCCAUCCACAAGGGCGCAGUGUUCAAGUGCCAGGUGUCCUAUAUUGGAAAAGACAAGGUGGUGGUGGAAAGGGUGUCAGACAAGUUCACCAUAUUAGCUAACCCUGAGAUCUCAGAGAUUCAGCUCCAAGAGGCAGAUGAUAACUCGGGUGUGGUCACCUUGACCAUCCAGGCCUUACACUUCCACCCAGACAUCAUCACCUUCCGUUGGUUCUGUCAGGGGGGUGAACUGAGCCCCGUGGCCUCACAAGCCCUGUCUGCCCCCCGACCUGAUGCCCAAGGCUUCUUCUCUGCCAUGAGCCAGUGCAAACUGCCCCGCACCGAGCUGGAGCGCGGGAGCACUAAGGUGUGGGUGAGCGUCCAUCACGUCGCCUUGAAGCGACCCAUCACCCGCGAGACCCGAGGUUUCAUAAAGAGACCUCAUGUGUCAGAGAUCAUCUGCUCCGCCCCUUCCCCCGGUCAACCUUUGACCCUGGGUUGUGACUUGACCGGUUUCUAUCCACCAGACAUUGCUGUCACCUGGGUCAAACUGAGGGGGGGAGAGGUGGAUGACAGGGAGGAGGAGGUGAUUGAUGGUGGAGAAGUGUGGGGGCCUGUGCUCAGUGGUCCCAGUACUUACCGUGCCACCGCAACACUUAAGAAGCAGGAAACAAAGGAGGAGAAGGAGACAGCUGGAGGGGUUGUGUGCCGAGUGGAGCACUGUUCACUGGUGGAGCCCAUUGAGAGACGCUGGAGAAACAUUUAUAUUGCGGCUCCAUCCAUCCCCCCCUUCCUCACUGUACACUGGACCAGCAAGGGUGUUGCGGUGUUCUCUGUCCUGUUGACAGGAGGCCAUCCGAAAGCGAAGGUGCUAUGGGCAGCAGGGGGCGCCACACUUACACCACUUGUGUCCAACCAGACAUAUGUGAUGGGUGAGGAUGGACUGAGAGAACUGAAGAGCGUCUGUGCCCUUGAGAGAUCUACUGACCAGCCCAGUCAGACCGAAGGACAGGGUCAGAUGGAAAGACAGAAAAAAAGGCAUACACUGAUAGAAACAGAAGCUGCAGUGUCCAACCCCAACGCAGUAGGAAUUAGGUACAUAGACGAUACAAACGAAGAUAACAGCAACGUGGAAAAUGAGAUGACCAGGCACACAGAGGAAGAGAGCGAAGAGGAAGACAACAGAAUGGAAAUGUUGCACAUUAACAGGGUGAAAGUGAGAGUGGGGCCAAAAGGGGUUGAGAGAGAACCACUGAGAGUGAGCAUUGAGAUCACUCACCCGGCCCUGAAGCUGCCUGUAUAUCGCACUUGGACCAGUACAUCAGAGUAGAGCUUUUCUUUUGGCAAGAUAGCUUAUUUCCUUGGAGGUGGCAUUUCAUUGAGUUUUUCUUACCACUCCAUCCAUACACCACACUGUGCAUGGGGGCAAAUUACCCUUGCAUCCACUUCAACUGAAGUUUAUCACAGCUCCAGUUAAUUUCAACUUCUUAAAGAUGCAGUCUGCAAUUUUGGAGACUAGUUUAAAAAGUGGUACUUUGUGCCAAUUUAUGCCACAUGUCAUUAAAAGAUCUUGCUUUUAAACGUGAAAUUUCACGGUUAGCUGUGGUGUGAUUGUGUGAUUGUAUUGAUAGAUUAUGCACAUAUAAACACCAUAUUACACAUCCAGGCCAAAAAGGGAAGAUUUAUUGCAUCUCUAAUCAUUGCCCUAAAAUAAGAGAUGGGUAUUUUCACGCAUGUAGUUGUUUAUUCGUGGAUGAACACUUAAGAUUUUGAAAUUACUGAGAUAACCUAAAAAAUAUUGUUAGAUUUGUUUCAUAUUAAUUUCUUGGGUUGCCAAGAAAAGUCAGUUAUCGUCACCUAUAAUGAUAGUUAUUGUAUCAAUGUCAUUACCGAAUGGCCAAUU